GGGGGAUGCAAACUUGGAAGGGGGCAGAGAACUGACAGAGGUUGGAGCGGAAGCUUAGAGCUUGAAGGAAAAGAGAAAGCCGAGCAGUGUCUAAGAUUUGCGAGCCCCAAACCCAAAAGCGGCGGCGUGGGAAGAUUAGAGAAAGCUCGGGAGCGCAGCCGUAAGGGGCAGAGAAGGGAAAACGCCUGAGGAAGUAUGGAAGAAAGACUACAAUCCCCAUCAACCCCUCGGGAUCGGAGGGGCAGCGCAUGCGUGAGGGGCGGCCCCCAACUCCCCCAGUGAGGGAGGGAGGCCGGGAGGGAGGUCCCCGGCGACCGCUGCCGGGGCUGGGAGUCCGCUGCCGCGGGACCCGUGUGCGCUGGGGCACCGCGGCCGAAAGCGGGCUCGGCUUGCAGCGGCCACUGGCUGGCGUGGGGCCGGCCGUGCGCGGCCGCGGAGCAGAGCCGGCCGUGGGGCAGGGGCGCGGGGUCCAGAGCUGGGCUCGGGAGUGGCGAGGCGGAGAGGUCGCCCUCUCCGAAGCUGCAGCCCCGGCGUUUGCAGCGGAGAGAGGGAUGCGUGCGCGCUGAGAUCCCCGGCCACCCCAAAUUCCAACGGAGAGAAGCGAGGAUGGAUGAGCGAUGGUGGGAAGGACACCUGGCAUUGGAUAUCCACUGUACGCUCAGAGAGAAGGAGCUGAAGCUGCCUGUCUACAAAGCCCAGUCCCCUCUCCUUGAGAGCCGAAGGUAUUUUGUUGACUUAGUUUCUGUCCUCAGCAACCAUUGCAAAAUCUGCCCCACAGCCAGACACCUGGCUGUCUACCUGUUGGACCUCUUCAUGGAUCGAUACAACGUGACUGCAAAGCAGCUGCAUAUCGUGGCCAUAGCCUGUUUUUUGCUCGCAAGUAAAUUUGAAGAGAAGGAGGACCGAGUGCCAAAACUGGAACAGAUGAACAGCUUGGGCCUCCUAUGCAACCACCAGCUGGUGCUGAGUAAGAAGGAACUUCUCCAGACAGAGCUGCUCCUCCUGGAAGCUUUUGGAUGGAACCUCUGCAUGCCGACCCCAGCCCACUAUGUGGAUUACUACCUCUUGUUCUCUCUUGGGGAGAAGGACCUCUGCAACAACUGGCCCAUCUUCUCUUUCUCGAAAACCAAAGGUUUCUUGGAGAAAUAUGCCCACUACUUUCUGGAAAUCUCAUUACAAGAUCAUAUUUUUCACAGCUUCCCACCAUCUAUGGUAGCUGCAGCCUGCAUUGGGGCCUCUAGGAUUUGCCUGCAGCUCUCUCCCACCUGGCCCAGAGACCUGGAGAGAAUAUCACACUAUUCUAUGGAGCAGAUCAGUUCGUGUGUUAAAGUCAUGCUGUUGGCUUUUGACAGUGACUUCAAGGAUUCCAACAAAGUGAAGAACCAACCACUAACCCUGCAGCCCCAGGUGUUAGUGCCCAGCACACAUCAGGCUCCUACCCAGGUGCUCUUCCAACAGCCAGCCUUCCACCACCCCCUGUCCCAGCCCCCAGCUACUCUGCCCCAUAUCCAGGCCCCUGUGCAAGACUUGUGCUCAGCCUAUCGUGACACGCUCCAGCCCCACCAGUCUGGGAGCUUGCUCUCUGGAAGCACCGGCCCCUCUCUGUACCACCCUUAUUCUGCCCUCCAGCCUUCAGCCGUCCAGGCUGUCACCAUCCCCGGACCCCUCCCCAGACAGAUUGGGGCAGAAGCAAGACACUGCAUCUCUAUGGCCUAUGGGAGUAGCUACUUCAGUGGACAUCAUUCAUUCCCAGCUGGAUGUUUUGACAGAUAAAGUAAAGCCUCUCCAAGCUCGAGGCCUGAGUGGAAGAAGGAACAAACAGGGGAAUCUCAUGUUGCUUGGGCCUUCAGCUGCAGAACUUGGUUAUUUUUUUAAGGCCCUUCUCCCCAGGGUCUUGUUGAAGCACUGACUUAGGGGACUAUUGCCCUUUUUAAAACUGUGAGAGUGGAAAAAUGCAAUAACAUACCUCACCAAGAACAUUUCCUUCUGAAAACCUGGUUGUAUAGAGAUGGCUUCCAGUGCAGGGACUCCAGGGAAUCAGAAGGACCUGGCUGGUGGCCAGACUACCUGACUCUGGAUAGACUACUAGUCAAAGAAUAUUUCCUGUUUUUAUUGUUAAAAAAGACUUUAUUUCUUAUCAAUGGCAGCUAUACCACUGUAAAAUGACACUGAGAAGUUGUUUGAUUCUUCUAGAAAAUGCCAAGAAUGUUGGUGCAGGUUUUUCUUGGCUUGGAUGUCAAAUGUAUGUUUGUUUCUGUUUUUAUUGUUUAGAUUUGUCACUGUUUUGUUGUUAUCGUUGUUUUAAUAGAGAAACACAUCUGAAUACCUGCCUUCUGGGAUUGGGUGGAUGGGUCCCUUUUUAACUUUUUUUUUAAACCUCAAAUAUUGCUCUGCCUUGUAGGUAUUUAAAGAUGCUGCUGCCUCCUGAAGUGACUUAGCUUUUUUGCUCAGUAAGAUGUCUUGUUUACAAAUUAUAUCAGGGAUUUAAUGUUACUUGAAGGUUACUUAGGAAAAAAAAAAAAAUGUUUUGUCUGUGAGUGAUGCACUGCCCAUAAUGCUAAAGUGUUCUAAGUUGAACUAUCUUAUGGCUUGCUUACUAAAAACUGAUAGCUAGACUUUCUUUUUGUCAGAAAAAAAAAGAAAUAAUUAGCAAUUUCUAAGCUUUUUGUAGUUCCAGAUGGCCCCUAGACUUUCUGCUAGUGGAGUUUCCCCCGAUAAUAAUCAGCCCCUAGAUAAGAUCUUUGAAAAGUAGAUGACAGUUUUGUCCUCUGCUUCUAUAUAGGAUGAAAACCUGGCCUGGGUUUUUGUUUAUAUGAAGGAAAGAGAUGGAGCAUUUGUAAAAAUGCAGAGAUGUGUUUAUUCAAGGGGAUGAACGCUGUCAGAACAUUUGAUGUCAGAUUGGUCAGAUGGAAAGGGGCAGUAUUGGAGAAAGUUGGGAUACAUCUAGAGGGCAUUGAUGGGAAGUUUAUCAGGAGGGUUGUUCCACAGAGGAAGCCCUGAAUCACAUUAUAUCUGACAAUAUAAACAAUGUGCAAUAAUGUUUUUUUACUCUGACUUAUGUGGCCCAUGCCCAAUGUGUUCUUGGAGGGUUGGGAGGCAAGGUGAGAAAAAAGGUGGGGAAAGGAAAAAAUAAGAAGUUGGAUGUUGUCCCUCUAGCACCAUAUUAUGGUCCUUUCCUAAAGUAACUUUUAGGAGAAAUCAAUGACUUGUUUCCAACUUCUUUAAGACUACAACAGCAAAAACCCACCCCACCUUCCACCUUGGUGGGCACCAAAAGUUGGUUUCAAUCUAAUCUGAAUAACUUUUCUUGCAUAGAAAAGAUGAAGUUUUUAAUAAAAGGUAGGUUGAAGGUGGGCGGGGUAGAUGAAAACCAUAAAUAUCAAGCAAAAAUAAAGCCUUAGAAUGAUGCAACAUUAAGCAUUCCUCUUUGGGAAAUUUGUUUUUUUCUGAUCUGUUUUUAUAAUUUGAGAGCUUUGUCUGGUCUCUACACUAUUUUAUUGGGCAUCCUCUCAGGGUAACAGGUGUGGAGUUAAGGGCUGACAGCAGAACCCAGCAACCAGCCCCACCUUUUCUUCCCUUUGGUGAAACUCUCCCUCUCUCUUCUGCUUCCCCCACUGGUUCCUGGAGGAAAGCUCCCCACAAUAAACGGCUAACUGAU